AUGGACGAAGUGGAUCGUUCUCGAGCUUUUCUCAAAGACGUUAAGCGCAUCGUUCUCAAGGUUGGGACUGCGGUUGUGACUCGAAACGAUGGAAGAAUUGCGCUGGGAAGAUUAGGCGCGCUGUGUGAGCAGCUCAAGGAGUUGAACUCUCAAGGAUAUGAGGUGAUAUUGGUGUCAUCAGGAGCGGUGGGCCUCGGUCGUCAGAGGCUUAGAUACAGGAAAUUAGUGAACAGCAGUUUUGCUGAUCUGCAAAAACCGCAAGUGGAACUUGAUGGGAAGGCAUGUGCAGCUGUUGGACAAAACUGUCUGAUGGCUCUCUAUGAUACGUUGUUUAGUCAGUUGGAUGUCUCAUCAGCUCAGCUUCUUGUAACAGAUAGUGAUUUUAGGGAUAGAGAUUUUAGAAAGCAACUUAGUGACACCGUGAAAUCAUUGUUAUCUCUUAAGGUUAUUCCUAUAUUUAAUGAAAACGAUGCAGUCAGCACCAGGCGAGCUCCAUAUGAGGAUUCUUCUGGAAUAUUUUGGGAUAAUGACAGUUUGGCAGCUCUACUGGCUUUGGAGCUAAAAGCUGAUCUUCUUGUUCUUUUGAGUGAUGUGGACGGUUUAUACAGUGGGCCUCCAAGUGACCCACGUUCGAAGAUUAUCCAUACAUACAUAAAGGAGAAGCAUCAAAGUGAAAUUACUUUUGGAGACAAAUCUAGAGUGGGAAGAGGGGGCAUGACUGCUAAAGUAAAAGCUGCUGUCAAUGCAGCUUAUGCUGGCAUCCCUGUUGUUAUCACCAGUGGGUAUGCUCCUGGAAACCUCAGUAAAGUCCUUGAAGGACAACGUGUUGGUACCCUCUUCCAUCAAGAUGCACAUUUUUGGUCUCCAGUUAAAGAAGUUGAUGCAAGAGGGAUGGCAGUUGCGGCCAGGGAAAGUUCAAGAAGGCUUCAGGCCAUGACUUCUGAAGAAAGGAAAAGAGUUCUUCUGGAUGUAGCUGAUGCCCUUGAAGCAAAUGUAAGGUUGAUCAAUGUUGAAAAUGAAGCUGAUGUUUCUGCCGCACAAGAAGUGGGAUAUGAAAAAUCCUUGAUAUCUCGGCUGGCUCUAAAGCCUGGGAAGAUUAAAAGUCUGGCAAACUCUAUCCGUGUGCUUGCAAACAUGGAAGAUCCAAUUGGUCGUGUUUUGAAAAGAACUCAGCUUGCAGAAGGUCUCGUCUUAGAGAAAACAUCAAGCCCAUUGGGUGUUCUCCUGAUUGUAUUUGAGUCUCGUCCUGAAGCGCUAGUACAGAUAGCUUCAUUAGCGAUCCGAAGUGGGAAUGGGCUUCUCUUAAAGGGUGGAAAAGAGGCUAAGAGAUCAAAUGCAAUUUUACACAAGAUUAUAACUGGAGCCAUCCCAGAUAGUGUUGGUGGAAAACUAAUUGGACUUGUCACUUCAAGAGAGGAGAUUCCAGAUCUUCUUAAGCAUGAUGAUGUGAUUGAUCUUGUGAUCCCAAGGGGAAGCAAUAAACUGGUUUCUCAAGUCAAGAAUUUAACCAAGAUUCCAGUUCUGGGGCAUGCUGAUGGCAUAUGCCAUGUAUAUAUUGAUAAGUCUGCUAAUAUGGAUAUGGCAAAGCGAAUUGCUGUGGAUGCAAAAGUAGAUUAUCCAGCAGCCUGUAACGCAAUGGAAACACUUCUUGUCCAUAAGGAUUUAAAGGAUACAACUGAGUUCAAUGAUCUUGUGGUUGACCUUCGCGCUGAAGGUGUUACUUUAUAUGGUGGACCAAGGGCAAGCUCCUUGCUCAAUAUUCCACAAGCGCAUUCAUUCCAUCAUGAGUACAGUUCAAUGUCCUGCACUGUUGAGUUUGUGGAUGAUGUGCAUGCAGCCAUUGAUCAUAUACAUGAACAUGGAAGUGCACAUACUGAUUGCGUUAUCGCAGAAGACCUAGAAGUUGUAGAUGCCUUUUUAGGUCAAGUUGACAGUGCUGCUGUUUUUCACAAUGCAAGCCCAAGAUUUUGCGAUGGUGCUCGAUUUGGACUUGGCGCAGAGGUUGGGAUAAGCACGAGUCGAAUUCAUGCUCGGGGCCCUGUAGGAGUAGAAGGAUUGUUAACAACAAGAUGGAUUCUCAGAGGAAAUGGACAAGUUGUGGACGGUGAUAAGGGGGUUAUUUACACCCACAAGGACCUCCCAAUUGAGCCCUAA